AUGGACAAUAAAUAUACUUCCAACAAUGAUCUGGGCAAACCGGGACCAUCCGUUUAUCUAGACACAGGGCCGGGAUCUCCUAAUCCUGUUCGGGCUCGAUGUCUGUUGCCCUCAACACAGGUUGCUCAUUUCCAGCCUGGCCCUCCGUCGGAUGAUCAAAUUCACUUUGGCCAUCGUCACUAUCAACAUUCGCACGAUGGGUUCACUCCAUUUGGCGCGCCUCUGCCAUAUGUUCAACAACCAUUUGGGCCUGGCUACUUUGCUUUUCGUCCACUUGAUUCCGUUUUUUCUCCUGGUUAUCAAACUCCUUCUCCUCCUUCAUUCACAUAUCCGCAGCCACAGCUCAGCCCACCUCAGUUUGGCCAGAUGUUCCCGUGUUUGGAUCAAAAAUUUUGGCGUCAAUCGUUUGAGCCUCAGUAUCAGCCUCAGUACCAGCCCACUGGCAACCGCUGGUUUAACCGGACUCUGCAAACGAACGACCUACAAUUCCCCACGAACUCAUAUCUAGGUGAUCCCGAUGAUCUCUACCAGACCUCGAUGCGCGCUUGCCACAUUGCUCACAGAAGAUAUAUCAAAUGGAUUAACAUAGCAUAUCACCCCGCAAUAUCACCCCGAGACUUCGUUCAAGAAUGGAUUUAUGCGUUGAGGGAAUUGCGAAGAUUGUUCGGGCAUUUCCACCUUCCGGAUAUAUUCGCGUUCAAUCAAUUUCUCGCCGCAGUCUCUGCCAAUCCAGGAACUCGCUCAUGGGUGGACUCGCUACAUACCCAUGGACAACAUUUUGCCUCAGUCAAUCAUGGAGCAAGUCUACUGCAAUUUCUUGGAGUCAGAGGCCCGUCGUCUUAA